AUGGAGCCUCUCAAGGUCGCAUUCCUCGGCCCUGUCGCGUCAUUUUCCCACCAGGCCGCAGUUGAAAGCUUUGGGUCUUCAGCUGAACUUUUACCCCACGUAUCGUUUCCGGACGCUUUCGCAGCAUUGCAAGGAGGCAGAGUCGAUUAUGCUAUCAUCCCUUGCGAGAACUCAACCAAUGGCUCGGUUGUUCAGACUCUAGAUCUCUUGGCGGACCCGAGUGGCCUCUACAGUGAUGUGAAAGUGUGCGGGGAACAUUAUCUGACAGUUCACCACUGUCUUCUCACUCGAAAGGGUCUCUUCCCACCUGGUCAGCGAGAUUACAGCUCCAUCACCAAGUUAUAUACCCACCCGCAGGCAUGGGGCCAGUGUGAUACUUUUCUUGAAAAAACUUUCAAAGGCAUCGAAAGACAAGAUGUCUCGUCAACCUCCAAGGGCGCUGAGAUCGUGUCGAAAGAGACGACAGAGCGAUGUGGAGCAAUAGCUAGCCGCUUUGCUGCCGAACAUCACGGUCUGGAUGUAUCAGAGGAAAACAUUGAGGACAAGGCCAAUAACACCACCCGCUUCCUGGUGCUCAGAAAUGUGAAAUCGGAACGUACAGGCCGGCUGGUCUUCCAAUAUGUCAACGGUUCCCCAGCGCAGAGACAGACUUCUACUACACCAACAGCGCAAAAGACUUUGAUCUCAUUCAUGAUUCGCCAGGACUGCCCGGGUGCUUUGGCAGAUGCUCUCUUGAUCUUCAAGGAUCGUGGCAUGAAUCUGACGAGCAUAAAUUCUCGACCGAGUCAGAUAAGGGCGUGGAAGUAUGUAUUCCUGGUCGAAGGCCAAUACGUCCCAACAAGUGAAAAUGCGGAUGCGGUAUCUAAGAUCAUUGAUGGGCUACAAUUUGUAACUGAGGGUUGCAGGCAUUUGGGAACAUGGGCGGAUCAGCUCGUAGAUGUCUAA